UCAGUUCACAUCCUUUUUCCAUGUGAGCAUUACCAAGGUUACCGAUAAUGUGUAUUUUAUUUUUCAAACUGGAUGUCAAACCGACUGAUGGUUAUAAGUUAAUACUAGCGUCAAACAGAGAUGAGUAUUUAGAUAGGCCGACUAAACCAGCGUCCUGGUGGCAAGAUCAUCCUCAUAUUCUAAGCGGGUUAGAUAUGCGAGAAGGCCGAGUUGGUGGUACCUGGUUAGGUAUCUCCAAGGAAGGAAGGUUAGCGUCAUUGUUGAACAUUUUACAACCUCAGCUGGACCUGAAUGCAAAAGGAAGAGGUUCACUGGUCACUGAUUUUAUCAAGGGCGAUGUAGAUUGUUUACCAUAUUUACAAGGGAUUGCGAAAGAAGGUCACCUUUAUAAUGGCUUUAAUUUACUAGUAAUGGACCUCACCAGAUCCAAUACCUCAGAUAUACCUCAGAUUGGUUACUAUAGCAACAAGAUUGGAAAGGAUCCUGAAUUAUUAUGUCCAGGAAUCUAUAGUCUAUGCAAUGCAACCAUCGAUAAACCAUGGAAAAAAGCCAUUGUGGGGAAAAAGAAAUUUGAAGAAAUUGUGAACAGCGCCACCACAGGCACAGAAGAGAAAUUAGUAGACCAAUUAAUUGAGUUUCUGAAUGAUGAUACUCCACAUCCAGAGCCCCAGAUCCACAUUCAGUGCAGUGGUGAACUGACACCAAAACAACAACGGGAACGAAGCGCUGUCUGUGUGCAGUCCCCAGACAUGGGAUAUGGCUCGAGGACAAAUACCAUAAUUCUGGUGAACACUGCAAAUAAAGUCAAGUAUGUGGAACGAACAUUGGAGGAACCAAUUGACAUUGAGAAUUUAAAAUGGCUGCGAAAUAAUUAUGAUUUUAAUCUGAGUUCUGCUUCAUCCUCGUACUAAAGAUAUUCCAAUUUUCAACUUUUGUACUUGAUUAUUUGUUGUUGUCUGACAAUUUACAAUUAAGAUGGAUUCUUAUAAAAUUUUCAGUGGAGAUUUCCCUUGAUAUGGA